UUAAACGCGCCCACCCAGUAUCCCUCCUCCCUCUUUCCUCUUCCUCAUCCACAACCAACUCGCCGCCGUGCAUCACUUUGUCUUGAGUAACUCUUACAUUUAACCACGUCUAAAAGAAAAGCCGCACACUUGUCUCUGACUCAGUCCUGACAGUCAGGACUGCAUUCAUGGUCAUUAUUUAGCCCUCUCAAGUCUGCUUUAAUUAUGUUUCAGGUGAAGAAGCGUUCGUGAAGCUUAGCUCUCACGGGGGCAAAAAUGACGCCGGCUCUGUGAAGGAAACAAGCGCGUAAAGACAUCUGCGCAAAGUUGGCCAUGGCAGCUCUCCGGCGGAAGUUCGGCGAGGAUUAUCACCAAGUGGUGAACCCGGACCGCGGCGGCGCGUUCUCGGCUCCGGUGAAGAAAAAGCGGCAACGCUUUGUGGAGAAAAACGGCCGCUGUAACGUACAGCACGGCAACCUCGGCGGCGAGACGAGCCGCUACUUGUCCGACCUCUUCACCACGCUGGUGGACCUGAAGUGGCGCUGGAACUUGCUUAUCUUCAUCCUGACUUACACGGUGGCCUGGCUGGUCAUGGCGUUCAUGUGGUGGCUGAUCGCAUACGUGCGCGGCGACCUGGAGCGCGCGCGCGACUCGUCCUACAUGCCGUGUGUGGCCAACGUGUACAAUUUCCCGUCAGCUUUCCUCUUCUUUAUCGAGACCGAGGCGACCAUCGGCUACGGCUACCGCUACAUCACGGAGAAGUGCCCCGAGGGCAUCAUUCUGUUCCUGUUCCAGUCGCUGCUCGGCUCCAUCGUGGACGCCUUCCUCAUCGGCUGCAUGUUCAUUAAGAUGUCGCAGCCGAAAAAACGCGCCGAGACGCUCAUGUUCAGCCAGGACGCCGUGAUCUCGCAGCGCGACGGCAAACUCUGCCUCAUGUUCCGCGUGGGCAACCUGCGCAACAGCCACAUGGUGUCGGCGCAGAUCCGGUGCAAACUCAUCAAGUCUCGUCAGACUCCUGAGGGUGAGUUCUUGCCGUUGGACCAGUGUGAGCUGGAUGUGGGAUUUGGGACAGGAGCUGAUCAGCUCUUCCUCGUCUCUCCUCUGACCAUCUGCCAUGAGAUCAAUCCUAAGAGUCCCUUCUUUGACCUCUCGCAGAGAUCGCUCAUGAACGAGCAGUUCGAGAUCGUCGUCAUCUUAGAGGGCAUUGUGGAGACCACCGGUAUGACAUGCCAGGCUCGCACUUCCUACACAGAGGACGAGGUGUUGUGGGGACACCGCUUCUUACCGGUCAUGUCUCUAGAGGAGGGCUUCUUCCGCGUGGACUACUCACAGUUUCACAGUACGUUUGAGGUUCCUACGCCACCUUACAGUGUCAAAGAGCACGAGGAAAAACAUUCGCUUCCUUCUCCAUUCACUGUGCCACACCGCGAACGCGUCUUCUCUGUUAACUGCUUGGAAUUGGGAGAAGAGCGGCCCAGCCUUGGAGGAAGUGCCUCCUGUAGGCUACCCAGUAAGCUCCAGAGGAUGAGCUCAUCCGGGAAAGAGGAGCUGCCUAAGAUGGUUCUGCGUUUGAGCUCCCAGGCCUCGGAGAAGGCGUCCAGCACAGGCGACUUGCCCCUUAAACUGCAGCGCAUGGGCUCCGGUCCCGGCCAAUCAGACGACUUCCAUCUCAAAGCUCUCAGGGUGGAACCCAUGACCAUGUCCACCGGAGACCUCCAGCAGAGGAGGCUGCCCCCAAUGCCUUCUCCCAUCACCCUACCACACAAUCACGCUCCUCCACACACUCCUCUGCCCUCAUCUGGAUCCAGAAUGGAGGAUAAGCUGCCUGCUAAACUGAGGAGGAUGAACGCUGACCGCUGAGGUCUCAGCGACUUUGUUCUUUGUUGCUGAUCCGGGAUUUGACACGAUUUGGGUCCUGCAUCAGCAUGAAAGAACAACUAUUACUAACAUACAUACUAACGUGCAUAUAAGAGAGGUCAGAGGUCAUGGAUGAACUGCAAAUAAAAUCCUGACAGAAAGAUGGAGAAGAGGAUGGACUGAUCCACGCAUGAACAGCAGGGGGGUAUUUAAUCUUUUGGAUGCGUGUUUGUUUAUGUCCAUUUCACACACUACCAGACUCUAGAAGGGACUCCUGUUAUUUUGGUCCGUUUGCACCAACAGGUCAGAACCGUUAAAGAUAAGAAAUAGUAAGUAAGUAAGUAAGUAAAGUUUAUUUAUAUAGCACAUUUAUCACAGCAGAACUGACCAAAGUGCUGAACAAAGUCGAAAACUAAACGUAAAAUAAACAAAACAGAUGAUACAAUAAAACAAUAGAACAUAGACAAAAUCCGAUUAAAAUGCCUGGGAAUAAAAAUAUGUUUUCAGCUUCACUUUAAAAGGUGCAAGGCGAAUGUCCAGUGGAAGUUCGUUCCACAGACGUGGGGCCGCAAUAGAAAAAGCCCUAGCACCCUUCGUUUUUAAGCGUCAACAAGGGACAACCAAGAGAGCUCUAUCUGAAGAUCUUAAAGAUCUGGUGGAUGAAGAAGGAAUAAGAUGAUCUGUGAGAUAAGAUGGGGCUUGACCAUUAAGAGCUUUAAAAACAACCAACAACAUUUUAAAUUGAAUUCUAAAAUAGACAGGAAGCCAAUGAAGAGAGGCUAAAAUAAAGCACUUUACGUCUGUUACGUUAAGCAAAGCUGCUAGUUAGUAUCCAGACAGAACUCACCCACAUUUCUACAUUUAACACACUUUUAUUUUUCAAUGUGAUGGUUUGUACAGUUACUGUACUUGAUGCACCUCGGUGUCCAGGGAUGUCCAGAGAACAGUCGAAACGAUUCACAAUUCCAAAACUCAUUUUGAAACCCUGUAUCAGGUAUAUAGGCAGAAAACUAGCUUACAGAGAAGACAGAAGCUCCUAAAAGAAAGGAGUUCAUAACUUGUGAAUAUUUUUAGUUUGCAAAUGUCACUAAAAACCUUUGAGAAAGUUUUUCAGCUGUGCUGUUUGAUCCAGGCAAAUUACAUUAGCCAAGAAAUUUGCAAAUCCUUCAGCAUAAAUGACUAAAAAGCAUAAAAGUGAUGUACAAUUGCGGACAUUUCGGUCUCGGGGUCGAAGAUGUUCAGAAGUUUAGCAGAGGAUUCCACAAGAUCAGCGAGAGAAACUUAGAUUGUUAGCAAUUUUUAGCUUAGCAUAUCCGAUUACACCACAAAGUUGGCUGAUCUAUUUGGCUGAUCUGAACAGAAUUUCAUUCAUUCAUUCAUUCAUCUUCUACCGCUUAUCCGAACUACCUCGGGUCACGGGGAGCCUGUGCCUAUCUCAGGCGUCAUCGGGCAUCAAGGCAGGAUAAACCCUGGACGGAGUGCCAACCCAUCGCAGGGCACACACACACACUCAUUCACUCACGCAAUCACACACUAGGGACAAUUUUCCAGAGAUGCCAAUCAACCUACCAUGCAUGUCUUUGGACCGGGGGAGGAAACCGGAGUAUCCGGAGGAAACCCCCGAGGCACGGGGAGAACAUGCAAACUCCACACACACAAGGCGGAGGCGGGAAUCGAACCCCCAACCCUGGAGGUGUGAGGCGAACGUGCUAACCACUAAGCCACCGUGCCCCCCUUGAACAGAAUUUGUAUUAGUUAAUUAGUUUUAUUAGUUUUUAUUAGUUUAUUAGUUUUAUAAGUUAGAGUACAUUAAGUAUGUGGACACCUGACUAUCACAGCCAUAUAAUGGAUUUGCACCAAAGUUGAAAGCAGACAGUUGUAGAGAAUGUUGUCUUUGUGUAGUCGAGUGACUUGCUUUGAGAUUGGACCUCAACCCUAUUUAACCCCAUUAACUCCAUAUUAAUGUUAUGCGUUUGUUAUUUUUUAUUUCAAUUUAUUUGUCUAGAACUUUUAACAAUCGACAGACUCUCAUCGCAGCUUUACAUAAGUAUAGAAACAGAAUAAUAAAGUUUAAAUUUAAGUUACUAUUUAUAUCUAACAUCGAUCCCUAAGGAUCAAGCCUGAGGUGACGGUGACAAGGAAAAACUUCCCGAGAUGAAAUGAGGAAGAAACCUCGAGAGGAACCAGACUCAGAAAGGAACCUCAUCCUCAUUUUGGUGACACUGGACAGGAAAUGAUGUAAAGGUAAAUAAUCUAAAUGUAAAAUAAGAUAUAGGUAAAAUAAGUAUGGCCAUCGUGGUCAGAUGUUCAUAUACUUUUGAUAUUAUACUGUAUAGAUAGACUGAUCUAAAUAGUUUAAUCUGUCUAUCUAAAUCGAUGAGAAAAUUAUGCACCUGGAAAAUCUUCAACCUGGUGAUAAUCAGUUCUGAACAUAAGGGACCGUCAACAAAGUGCAUGCAAUUAAAAUUAGUGAUCUGUGAAAAUACCAAACCUUUGUUAUUAAUGACUCUAUAUACAAUCUAUAAACAAUUCCAGUAACCAAAGUGGCUGUGGACCUUAACUAGCCCAAUCAAAUGCAGCAUAAAUGUCACCUGUUUUCAGGAAUUAAUAUGCACAGAGUUUCACUGAAACUCUCAGUGACCCAUGAACAAUUUGACAACGGUCCCUUAAUAUCCAUUUAAGAGCUAACAAAUGCCAGUGAAACAUUAACACAGCUACUAAACAUAGUCUAAAUAUGAGUAAGGUAUUUGAAUGAAACCCUUUUGAAUAUUCUUGUUAAUUGACACGUGAAUGUGUAGCAAAAUAACGCAUACAAAGCUCGUUUUACCUUCAUCGCUGCACAAAUGAAGGUCCUCAUUAUCAUGAGUUAAAUAUCAUGGAUGUUUAUUAUGUUCUUCUUUAUAUAUUGUGCAGCUUCUGGGUAAUAACUGCUGCCUUAUCCUAGUGUAUUUAGCAGGAAUGAUUGCAAAGCCUGGAGUGUUUUUUUCACUCUACAGUUUCCAUAAAAGACAAAAAAAAGGAAAUAUCAGUUCGGAAAAUUCCUCCAAAUCACAUUAGUCGCUGUCUGAUUAUGUUGAUAUCAACUCGAGUUCAUUAUGAAUACGACGGAUUGCAGCCGCCUUUAGAUUUAAGGAUCUGCUGUUUAUGUUGGUCACCAUGGCGAAGACUUAUAGCUUAUAAUACCUGUGUAUAAUUAGUAACAAUAAAUAUAAUAUGAUAUAAUAUAAUACAUGACUAGUUGAUGUAGCAGAUUUAAUUUCCACCCAGAAAGCUAUUAACUUGUUGGUGCGACGGACCCCUAGCACUCUAGCGCGCACACACACAAACACACACACACACACUAACAAACCAUGUGUGCAUGCAGUUACACUUCACCAUCUCUGUGUAGCACCGUCUCUCCUCAUAGUCCAUUAGAUUGGAUAUGAAUAAAUUAUAUUUAAGAGGCUUUUGUUUGUGGUUAUUAUUACACUUUAUCUUUUAUGGGGUCACUGUUUAUUAAACCG